AUUUCCAGUUUUUCAGCGCCGUACUGAGCGAGUAAAUAUAGGGUCUACUUCCUUUCCGACAGAGGAACUCCUAGUGGCAUUGCUACACGUUGACUCGUAAUUCAACCACAACGUUAAGAUGUCAGGAGGUUUAGACGUCUUAGCCCUCAAAGAGGAUGACGUUACCAAAAUGUUGGCGGCUUGCACCCAUUUGGGUAGCGAGAAUGUUAAUUUCCAAAUGGAGCAGUAUGUUUACAAGCGUCGCGUUGAUGGUGCUGGGGUGAAUAUUAUCAACCUUCGUCACACUUGGGAAAAGUUAUUGCUUGCUGCUCGUGCAAUUGUUGCUAUUGAGCAUCCCAGCGAGGUGUUUGUAAUCAGUUGUAGAUCGUAUGGCCAAAGGGCUGUGCUGAAAUUUGCUGCACACACUGGUGCUACUCCCAUUGCUGGACGUUUCACUCCUGGUGCCUUUACCAAUCAGAUCCAGGCUGCCUUCCGUGAACCCAGACUUCUUAUUGUCACUGAUCCAGCUACUGACCAUCAACCCAUCACAGAAGCUAGUUAUGUGAACAUUCCAGUAAUCGCAUUUUGCAAUACUGAUUCGCCUCUACGUUUCGUCGACAUUGCGAUUCCAAGCAACAACAAGAACCCACAUAGCAUUGGUUUAAUGUGGUGGCUGCUAGCUCGUGAGGUUCUUCGUCUUCGUGGAUCCAUUGCACGUGAGACCAAAUGGGACGUAGUCGUUGACUUGUUCUUCCACAGAGAUCCUGAUGAGGCUGAGAAGGAAGAACAGGCAGCUAAGGAAAUAGCUCCACCACCUAAGGAAUUCACUGCAGCUCCCGAACCUGCACCAGUAGCCGAGGUUGCUUGGAAUAACGAAGUUCCAGGUGCCCCUCCUGCCGAAAACUGGGGUGAUGAUGUAGUUCAACCUGUUGCUCCUGCAAUCCCUACAGAAGAAGCUGCUCCUCCUGCUACUUAUCCUCGUCCAGCAAAUGUGGACUGGGCUGCUCAGGAUCCUGAGGAAUGGGCUCCAACCACGCCUGCUACCACCGCUGCCCAAAGUUGGGGUGGUGCUACCAACGAAACAUGGUAAAUGUCAUCAUCCUUGUGACUACCACGAGAUGACUGCACUUUGUACAAUUGUAAUAAAGUGAGCUAAACUUUAA